CAUGGCGAUGUUGUUGAUGAAAACCGAAAGGGAGAAGAAACUUCAAUCAAAUUUGAAGCCCAUUCGUUGUUCUUAAGAGGAGCGUCAUGCCUAGAUACGCUCAGUUAGUCAUGGGGCCAGCCGGCAGUGGCAAGUCCACUUAUUGCUGUACAAUGCAGAAACACUAUGAAACUUUAAAGAGGUCUGUUCAAGUGGUCAACUUAGAUCCAGCUGCAGAGGAAUUUAACUACUCCGUCUUAGCAGAUGUGCGAGAGUUGAUCAGUGUUGAGGAUGUGAUGGAGGAUGAUUCGCUACGCUACGGGCCAAAUGGAGGACUGAUAUUUUGUAUGGAGUAUUUUACACAGAACUUUGACUGGCUGUAUGAGCAGAUAGACGACAUAGAUGAUGAUUAUAUCAUAUUUGAUUGCCCAGGACAAAUAGAGCUGUACACACACAUCCCUGUGAUGAAGAACCUGGUUGACCAGCUACAGCAGUGGGAUUUCCGUGUGUGCGGCGUCUACCUUAUAGACUCCCAGUUUAUGAUUGAACCCUCAAAGUUUGUGUCUGGCAUGCUGACUGCUCUGUCUACCAUGGUCAACCUAGAAAUCCCCCACGUCAAUAUCAUGUCCAAAUUGGACCUUCUGAGCAAGAAGGCUAAGAAGUCUCUGGACAGAUAUCUCGAGCCUGACCUUCUCAGUUUGCUGAAUGAAGAUCUUGAUGAGUCGAAUGUGUCAAAGAAAUUUGCCAAGCUUAAUGCUGUCAUAGCACAAAUGAUUGAUGAUUACAGCCUGGUGAAGUUCUUCCCAUUGGAUCAGACAGAUGAAGAUUCUGUGUUAGACAUCAGUCUGCUGAUUGACAAUGCCAUACAGUAUGGAGAGGAUUUGGAACCCAAGGAACCUAAAGAUUUUGGCGAUGAGGAAGAUCCAGAUGACAGCUGACCCCACACCGAGGAUGCUGUCAGAAACAACAUGUGUUACCAUGGUUACCCCUGAAAACAUGUACUGUAUCCCAUGAACAGGCGGUCAUUUAUUGUGCAUAUUAGUGAAGAGAAGGACCCUAAGGACAGUUGACUCCAUUUCUUAGGAUGCUGUGAGCAUCAACACACGUAACCAUGGUGAUCCAUGAUAACAUUGUGACUGCUUAGCAGUGUCAUUAGCUCUCCGGCCAUAUGUGGGAAGGUCUUGCAACAACUUGCGGAUGGUUGUGGUUAUGGUUGUGGCUUCUCCCAAGCUCUGUCAGGUUUCGGGGCCUCUGUGGCUCAGUUGUUUAGCGCGCUAUCCCCUCCAGCCAUAAGUGGGAAGAUCUGUCAGUAACUUGCAGAAGGUCGUGCGUUUCCCCUGGGCUGUGCCCGGUUUCCUCCCACCAUAACACUGGCUGCCGUUGUAUAAGUGGAAUAUUCUUGAGUGCGGCGUAAAACACCAACCAAAUAAAUAAAUAAAUUGUAGGUUCAUCACUAGAGUCCACUGUGAUGAAACUCUUUCAGUCAGUUCUGGUAGCUGUUUGUUUGGACUGACCCCUUUCAUUAUGGCACUCCAACAUGGUAAACAGUGGCUUAUGUUUUCAAAGGUGGUUAGAACAUUAUUUCUGGCAAAAUUUCCUUUUUCCUAGUGAAGAGAUGUUCAUUUUUGUAGCUUUCUAUCCCUGACCUAAAAUAGGCCUCUCAGCUGGUAGGAAGUCUUUAUUUACAUUUAUAUUUAAAAGUAGAUCCAUGCACCGAGGAGACUUGACGUUGACUGUAAUUCAGUUCGCCGUCUGAUUCGUAAGAUGACAGUUUGAUCAUUUGUAUAUUUAUGCAAAUAACACAAAAAUAUUAAAAUUUUUCCAUUUGGGAUGGAAAACUUAUAACCCCAAAUAAUUCAGUAUUGUUGUUAAUGUACAGGAAAUUCUGCUUGGAAAUGUCUUUCUCAGAAGCCAUUGUUUUAUCACUUAUGAUGAUUGGCUGGAUGUAAUAGAUCUUAAUGCUAUAUGCUUACGUAUGCUUGGGGAUUUUGCUCAUACUUAGCAACGUUUCAGUCAUAUGGCGAUGAGGAGUAAUUUGGUGGAGGCAUAAUAUGUCUACAGGCAGGGAAAGUAUAUGCCGCCAAAGUGCUUCCACCAGUGAAAUACCCUGCCGAAGACACCACACAUGACACCCCACCCAGUGACAUUAUACUGACACCCUACCCAGUCGCAUUAUACUGACACUGGGCCAACCAGUCAUGUUUCCUUGUUCUAACAUCUCAGUACUGAGUGACGGCUGCAAGGUACGUUUUCAAAGUCUUUGGUAUGGCCCCACCCAUGUUUGAUCCCAGGGUCUCCAGACUUCAAGGUGGGUGCUCUGACCAGUAGACCACAGAAGCUAUCUCUUAAUGUUAUAAAAGGUGUGUAAAUGCAUGUACACUGCAGUUAAACCCAUUGUGAUAUAAAUGUUGGGGGUUUUUGUCUUUCCUUUGGGCAAUAACAGUUCUGAAAGCACAAAAUUGUGUGUGCCAAUUUCCUUAUAAGGAAAUCUUUUGCAAUCUUGGUUAAGGAUAAUAGCUUGAGUUCCAUAUUUGUGGACACACAGAAUUCCGGGUUAGGAGAUACAGUAUAUCUUGGUGGUAAUCCAAGACUGAAGCAUGGUUUCAUGAAGCACUCUUAAUGUUACGUUCACUUAACUACCAAGCAACCAAUACUGUAGGCAUUACGUCGUC